UACAAACUCAGAGUAAUGGGUUGCUACAGCAGUAAGUACCUAAGACAUUCGAAAAGGACCAUACUUGAGAAACCAUUCGUGGACAUCACAAAGCUUUACAUCCUCGAGGAGCAAUUGGGUGAAGGCCAAUUCGGCAUAACCAAAAGAUGCAUAGAUAAAUCUACAGGUACGACUUACGCCUGCAAAACCAUUCUCAAGACGAAGCUAAAGAGCGAAGAAGAUGAACAAGCCGUGAAGAGAGAGAUUCGGAUUAUGAAACAUUUGUCUGGUCAACCAAACAUCGUCGAGUUCAAAUGCGCUUACGAGGAUAAAGAUUCUGUACAUAUCGUCAUGGAGUUUUGUGGCGGUGGAGAGUUGUUCAAAAAGGUCGAAACUUUGUCCAAUGCGGGCAAGUGUUACACGGAGAAAGAUGCUGUUGAGAUCCUUAGGCCUAUUGUGAAUGUUGUGAAGAAUUGCCAUUUCAUGGGUGUGAUGCAUCGUGAUCUAAAGCCUGAAAAUUUCUUGUUCUCGAGUAAAGAUGAGAAUGCUGUGCUUAAAGCUAUUGACUUUGGGUGUUCUGUCUUUAUCGAAGAAGGAGAAGUAUACCGGGACUGUGUCGGGAGUUCUUACUACGUUGCUCCUGAAGUAUUACAGGGAAAUUACGGGAAAGAAGCCGACAUUUGGAGUGCAGGCAUUAUAUUGUACAUCCUUCUCUGUGGCAAACCUCCCUUUGUGACAGAACCUGAGGCACAUAUGUUCAAUGAGAUUAAGAGAGCCCAGAUUGAUUUUCAGAGCAAAACAUGGCAUUGUAUAGAUGUGAGGGCAAAACAUCUUGUCCAGAAGAUGCUUACUAAAAAUCCAAAGGAACGAUUGUCUGCUGCAGAGGUUCUUGGACAUCCAUGGAUGAAAGAUGGAGAAGCUUCAGAUAAGCCUAUUGAUGGUGUUGUUUUAUCCCGUUUGAAGGAAUUUCGAGAUAUGAACAAGUUUAAGAAGGUAGCUCUAAAGGUUAGUGCAGCAAAUCUAUCAGAAGAGGAAAUCAAAGGUCUUAAGACACUCUUCAGCAACAUUGAUACCGAUCAAAGUGGCACAAUUACUCUCCAAGAACUCAAAACAGGUCUGACCAGACUUGGAUCUAAACUCACUAAAACCGAAGUGGAACAACUCAUGGAAGCCGUGAGUUAUCAUCAAAUCUCUGAACUCGCCAUUUUUGUAUUAUUACCUGUUGAAUCCAAAAUCUUGAAUACAAGAGAAAAAACUGUUCAGGCUGAUGUGGAUGGUAAUGGAACAAUCGACAUAGAUGAGUUUAUCUCUGCCACGAUGCAUAGAUAUAAAUUGGAUCGAGAUGAUCAUCUGUACAAAGUAUUCCAACACUUUGACAAAGACAACGAUGGGCACAUAACGAAGGAAGAGUUGGAGAUGGCGAUGAAGGAGCAUGGUGUAAGAAGAGAUGAAGCUAGUAUCAAAGAAAUCAUAACCGAAGUAGACACCGAUAAUGAUGGAAAAAUAAACUUUGAUGAGUUCCGGACAAUGAUGAGAAGUGACAGCAGCUUGAAGUAACAAGGGGAGCUUCUUCCAAUCAGUUGAUAUUUAUCUGUAUGCUCUUAGUUCUUGAAUAACGGUUUAGGGAAGAAGAACUUAACCAAAUAAACUGAUGUGAGGGUUUUUUAAUUUCUUGUAACUUAUAUAUAUAUUGAUUAACUUGAUCUUGAACUACAAUAGUCAGCAUGGAAUAAACUGGUUAUUACAUUUGGAACAAAGAAA